UCUCUGUAAAGCUGUGGUUAUAUGAACUCACAAGUUGCCACUCGUAUAUAUUUAAAUGGAAAGGAUUUGAAAAUCUUCAAACAGUCUUCUUUAAUUUAUUGAAUUUAGAAUGAGUUUACUCAAUAGAAAAAAUUUAGUAAUAUUUUUCUGAAAAAAAGUUACCGUAAUCAUAUCCUAUAUUGGCUUAUAUCGAUUAAUAUUUGACUCCAACAUGAGUGUACAAAGUGUACUCCUUUGUGAAACAUAACCGUGUAACUCAUAUUUUAAAUCUGCAAUGUGUUCAAAAAUGUAAUUUUGAUAAUUUUCUGAAUUACAAUAUAAACGGUAUGUCGAUAUUUAGUAUAACAACAUAUAAAUCUAUGGAAUUUGUGAACAUAUUACACAAAUUUAAGAAGGUAUUUCUGUUAAAUGUUGAAACAAAAAUUCUUUAUAAGCGGUAUGUUCAUGAUAAACAAUUGAAUAAAAUACCGAAAAAAGGACCCUGGAAUGUAUUAUUCUUUGGCACGGACGAAUUUUCAGUAGAAAGUUUUAAAAUGUUAUUUAAUAAAUAUGAAUCCAAUAUUGUGCAGCGAUUGGAGGUAGUUACACGGAAUACAGUAAAAGAAAAUGCACUUAGAAUGUAUGCAAAAGAGAAGGGAAUUGUUAUAAACAAUUGGCCACUUGAUAUCGAUCUGUCUAACUUUCACAUUGGAAUAGUUGUAUCAUUUGGUUAUUUAAUUCCAUCUAAUGUUAUAAAAUCAUUUCCACUUGGCAUGAUAAAUGUUCAUGGUAGCUUAUUACCAAAAUGGAGAGGAGCAGCGCCAAUAACUUAUACAUUAAUGAACGGUGAUCGUCAAACUGGUGUAACAAUAAUGAAUAUAAAACCAAAGAAGUUUGAUAUAGGAGAAAUAGUUCUGCAAAAAGAAAUUAAUAUAAGCGAGCAUGAAACAUUACCUGAGUUGUACAUUAAGUUAUCAAAACUUGGAGCAGAUCUUCUAGCAAAAGUUAUCGAUGAUCUACCACACAUAUUAAAAUCUGUGAAGCCUCAAAAUGAAGCUAAUGCAACAUAUGCGCCAAAAAUAACAUCAAAAAUAGCUUCAGUGAAAUGGGAUGAAAUGUCUGCAACAAAUGUGUAUAAUUUACAUCGUGCCCUUUUAGGAUUAUAUCCAUUGUCUACAAGAUUAAUAGAUACACCAGUAAAAUUACAUGACAUUAAAAUAGCUGAAAAAUCAAUUGCAGUAAAACUUAAAGAAGAAAAACCAGGAGUUGCAAUGUAUGAUAAUGUAAACAAUACAUUAGUCAUAAAGUGUAAAGGAGAUGAUUGCAUUUCUGUAAAGAAUAUAGCUGUUAAAGGUAAAUCUCGCAUUAGCGCACAAAGCUUUAACAAUGGUUACAUAAAAGAGACAAUGUAUACCAAAAGAAAAACUACAAAAAGAAAAGAAGUCAAUUGAAAAUAAAUAGUGAAAACUUUAUUAACAGAAAACAGAAGUUCUAAUUCAGAUGUAAAAAUAAAAUUUACAGUAUGUAUUUGCAAGAAACUUUGUUUAAUUGGAGGAGAAAUUAUAUCUAUAUUCUGUAUAUUUUACAAAAAACAUAAUGACAUUCAAUGUCUUAAUUUAUUUAAACGUAGAAUUAUAGCUGCAGACAUAAAAUUGUUGAUAUUAAGUCUCAGUUUCAGAGGCCUGAAAUAAAAGAAAUAUUUUUACUAUUACAGAUUCUUACUUUUAUUGAAUUGAUUUAGCUUUAAUGUAUUCCUAGUGACAAUUUCAGACCAAAGUUAAAAUUAUCCAUAAAUAAGUUUUAAGCUAAUUUGUUACUUUGGCUUGCUUCAAAAUUAUAUUCAGUGUAGUUGUAUUAUCCAUCAUUUACGAUGAAUUGAUCCCAUUUUCUUAUAAAAGUGAGAUUAAAAUUUGUUUCGUAUUAAUAACUAAUUGCCUUUCGAUAUUUCGUAAACGGAACGUUGUACUCGAUUAUUCAAUAAAUAAAGAUGACACAGCUCUUACUGAAAAUAAUUAGUUAAUAUUAGCAACUAGUUAUUAAUAAGAUUGUUCUACGUUUAAGAUUAUUCAGAGAACUGAAGAUUUACACGUGAAUGAACACGAAAGUACUUUAUAUUUUGUUACGUACUCAUUGAUCUUUAAUAUUAAAGGUCACAUUUGUAAUCGCCUUUUCUUACAAAUGAACAUCAGUUAUAAUUUUAUUUUUCUUGUUUUAACCAAAUAAAAAGUACCACUGUUUAAUUUCUGCAAUAAAUGCAAAUAGAAAAUUAUAGUUAACUUACACUAGGAUCGCAGUCUGCGCAAUGCCACGAGUAGCCUCUUCGUUUGGGCGAUUUUUUAACUGGUGGAUCGAGACAGGUGAAGUGGUAGCAUUUUUUACAUUCAUCACACCUAACAUACAGAAAGUAACAUUGUCACAACUAUGAUACAUAUGCUUAACAGUUCUAAAAUAUAUUCAUGUUUACUAACAUGACGAGAUUCUGACUGGUGCCAGGCAUAUCACAGACAUUGCAAUGAGUUAAAAGGUCUGUAUCUUUUCCUCUCUUUCCAUUUCCCGUAGACGCCCUGUUACUUGUAUUAUUGGCAGUUGCAUUUGCAGUAAUUGGCGUAGGAGUUGAAACUACAGGUGGAGCAGGCGGGGGUGGUAAUUUUGGAAGUGGUGGAGACGUAAUUUCAGUACUAGUAGAUGUUGCAACGAACAUUUGUGGGCUUGAUUCAGAAGCUAUUUCACCCUCUGGUCUUGGAAUUGGCUUUAUCUUUUCAAUGGGACAAUUAUAAAUUAAUAAUUUUCCAUAUGAGAUAGAAGAAGUGUAUAAAAUGAUGUUGCACUGUCGUAAGAUUUAUAAAGUUGUACCUUUAUUGUUAUUCUUCUAUGGACUUCUGGUUGGCUCUGACCUUCUGGAUUUUCGACAUCAAGACUUUUCCUUUUAUGUUUUCGUUUUCUUUGUUUCACCCCCGUAAUUGGAUCAGGAGUAUACCUUUUAUGUUUCUCCCUAACAGAAAAGUAAAAAAAUUGUAUAUUUUACGUAUACCAACAAAGGUGAAUUACGAACCUUCUUCUUUUCUUUGCACUCCUUUGUGAAACCGAUUCUGUACCAUCUGCCGAAGCUACCAUGUACUCAGGUGAUCCUUCCCUCGUUGCUAUUGUUACAUUAUUAAUGGGUUGCUGAUUGUAUACAGGUUCUGCAGAUUGAAUAGGAGUUGAAGAUGGAGGUUGCGGACCGACUGGCUUUAUAGUCACCUGCAUACAUUCCAGAAUAAGUUUAAAAUACGUUAACAAAAGAUGAAUCUAAUGACAGUUUAGCAAUUACUUUUGGCGUCGUAGGUGUAUCAGGAGCUGUGACAUUUGUUACACUACUAAGGCUACCGGAAGAAUUUUUCGAAGUGCUUGGCGUUGUUGGUGUUGUAGGCACUUGCAUCUCUUGUGGUGGUGUUGGGGUUGGUGUUGAUGUUAAGUUAGAAUCAUCUUUACAAUGCCUCAAUUUACGCGGAGCCGACGUGUCAACACGCUCUAUCUCUGAUCCAGAAGAUUCUUUAUCGCAUUCAGAACAUUGCCUAUAUUAUGCAACAUAUCGAAC